UAAAAUAAAAUCUGAGGCUUCUGUCGUUUUGUUUUUUUUUUCCGGAGGAUCAACCAGAGGUCAUUCAUGCUUUAUGACACCAGCAGAUAUAAAACCAGCUCGGCUCACAUUUCCGAUCAUUUACAGUGAGCUGUGGGGAAGUGAGCGGCCCACCAAGAGAGGAGAUGCUGUCAAUGAUUAGUGCGGAUGUGCUGGCACAGGGCAGGUAGAGGGAGAGGAAGAGAGGGAGGAAGAGGAGGCAGGGAGGGAGGGAGGGAGGGAGGGAAGGAGGUAGGGAGGGAGGGAGGAUGCUGCCAGCGGAAAAUGGCUGCUGCAACCUCAAGCCUAUCCUGAUACACCGAAACGACAUCAAGGUGGAGAGAGUAAGAGAGAGAGAGAGCGAGAGAGAGGAAGAUUAGGAAAAUGAGAGCAGAUGGAGAGAGAAUGUGAAGCGAGUCUGAGUGUUUCCUGAAAGGAGGAAUAAAAAGAAGAGGGAGAGAGGAGAGCCUGGGGUGGGCUGCUGCAAGCGGCGGGCAACACCGAGCCAUGGAGGGCGAUGUGCGUGUUCGUGCGGUGGUGAUGACACGUGAUGACUCCAGUGGCGGUUGGGUGCCCCUUGGAGGAGGCGGGCUCAGUCACGUGGUCAUAUGCAAGGGGCGGAGCCUCGACGGCAGGGGGCGCAGGGAGUACAUCAUCCGAGGAGAGCGCCUGCGCGACCGAGCACCAGUGCUGGAGUGUGCGGUCCAGAGGGGGCUGGUGUACAACAAGGUGAAUCCCAUCUUCCAUCACUGGAGAGUCGAGGACCGGAAGUUCGGCCUUACUUUCCAGAGUCCUGCCGACGCCAUCUCCUUUGAAAAAGGGCUGCAGACCGUCUUAGACAAACUCGACAGAGGCUCUGACUCGCCAUCGUCGUCCACGCCAGAAGAGGUGGACACUGAAGACGAUGGUCAAGUUGUGAGUCAGUCAGCAGCAGCUCUAACCCACAUCUCUCCUGACCCGAACUCUCCUGAGCGCAUGCGCGUGACGCCCAAACUCUGCCAGUCCCAUACAGGAAGCGAGUCGUCGUCAAACAGCAGAAAGGAGAUGCUUCCCAAGCCGAUCACCAUAGUAACAAGCGAGUCCUCCUCCACCUGCUUCGUGCGUCCCGAAGAGUUCAGCUUUGGAUCCAGCCAUGCCGUCACCAGUCACACACCUGCCCAGAUCCACACCAGGCCGGGACAGCACCAGCUCUCUCAAAUGACCACCGUGUUGAACCCCCCGGCGCCUCCACCACCGCCUCCAGCUCCACCCACUCCUCCUGUGGGGCCGCCGGCCUCGUCCCCACUCUCUCCGCUGUCGCCCACCAUUUCGCUGCUGGAGGAAGGAGAUCUGCGCAGCGUGGACCCUUGUAAGGACCUGUGGGGUUCUCGGGGUUACGAGGAUUACAGACGCGCCGGUGCGACCAGGACUAUGGUUGGGGGCCUGACGGGCGGCGUGGUGGUCGGCGGCGGCGGGAGCCAGCAGGACAAGUCGGAGCUGUGCGUGGUUCGCUUUGAGAAGGAGCUGGCGGGCGUGGGGCCGGCCGGCUGCGAGGUCACCGUGAGCCUGGACAGCAAAGCCUCCCAGCGCCUGUCCUCGUCGUCCCCCACCUGCAUGUCCAUGCCCAACGCCGUGUCCGGAGUGUCCUCAGGUGCCGGCUCGCCGCAGGAGCCCGCCAAAGGCUCGCCGUCCCCCUGCUGCAUCCACGCCUCCCGGACUCGUAAGAGAGGCGGGGCCGGCGGCAGCGACCCGGGCGCCAUCUCCCCCGACGACGACAGCCCGUGCCCCCAGGCGUCGUCGUCGUGCUCGUCUCGCUGCGUCUACUGCCGCUCUGUGUUCAGCGCCUCGGAGAACGGGCGGGGCCGCUGCAGGGACGCCCCCGACCCGGCGCUGCACUGCCUCCGCCAGUGGACCUGCGUGUGGUGCGCGGAGAGCCUGCUGUACCACUGCAUGUCGGACUCGGAGGGGGAGUUCUGGGAGCCCUGUUCGUGCGAUGACUCAAUGGGGGGCCACCCACACCCGCUCUGCUGCACCCGCUGGUUGGCCCUGCUGGCCCUGUCGCUCUUCGUGCCCUGCAUGUGCUGCUACCUGCCUCUGCGCGCCUGCCUGCGAUGCGGGGAGAGGUGCGGCUGCUGCGGGGGGAAGCACAAAGCGGUCCGAUGA